AAUUAAUUCUCGACAAAUUGCGUUUCUCAUGCACGCCUGGAUGCGGCUUCCAGAAAGCAGACAAAGCGAGACAACGAGGAGAGCGAUGAAUCAAUCCUAGAGGAAGACGUCGCGCAUCACAUUCCCAUGGCAGUCGUACUCCCACAAUUCCCGCAUCUUACCGAGAUUUACCUCAACUUCGGCAUGAUCUAUAUGAACGACGGUUUCGAGUGGCGGGACUUCGAGUUCUCGCUGGAGGAUUGCUUGAGUCUGGGAGAAGGAAUUAAAGCCAGUCCGAAAUUGAAGAAAUUCAGUUUAACCCGGAGCAACUUGGAUCAACCCCGAGUCGCUGCUAUUCUCCAAGGGAUGGUGUCAAACGAUAAC